UUUUGCCACUUUCCAUUACCCUGAUGGGCUUAUAUCCAGUCCUGCCAUUCAUCCUGCUGUUUUCAGCUACUCUGUCCUCCAGUUGUGAUGGUGGAAAAGUGCUGGUUUACCCUAUAGAUGGAAGCCACUGGCUUAACAUGAAAAUCCUGGUGGAGCUGCUUCAUUCUCGGGGCCAUCAGGUUACAGUACUACGUUCCUCCACCAGCUGGUAUGUUUCCGAAUUCUCACCCCAUUACACCUCCAUUACCAUUCCCCAGGAAAAGUCCCAAAACAUGGAGAGCCAAGCCUAUAUGACCUCUUUCUUGAAGAGAUCAAUAGAGAUCCGUCAGAGCAAAGGCUCACUAUGGGCAUUUCUGAACUUCUAUUGGAACCUUUUCAACAUGAUGGGGGAGAACCAGCAAGUUGUGGCAAAACUGGUCAUCUGCAUCUUUGAGAAUAAAACGCUAAUUAAGGAGCUGAAGGAAACUGCAUAUGAUGUUUUUCUGACUGACCCUGCAUUUCCAGGUGGCGUGCUAUUGGCACACUAUCUCCAGCUUCCCUUGGUUUUCAAUGUGCGCUGGCUUUUCAAUGGAGAGGCCCACUUCGCCAUCGCUCCUUCUCCUCUGUCCUACGUCCCUGAAUUGUUUUCUCACUACACUGACAAGAUGGACUUUUUUGAAAGAAUCAAUAAUAUAAUCUGUCAUAGCAUGUUGGUUUACAUGUACUAUUAUGUGUCAAACCCUCCUUACCAGGCUGUGUGUGAUGAAUAUUUUGGACCUGAUGUCAGCGUCAUGUCGCUCAUCCAGGGAGCUGACCUCUGGUUAAUGCGGUCUGACUUUACAUUGGAGUUCCCUCGUCCCACCAUGCCAAACGUUGUCUACAUCGGGGGGUUCCAGGGUAAGCCCUCAACGUCUCUCCCAUCAGAUUUAGAAGAAUUUGUGCAGAGUUCUGGUGAGCAUGGGGUUAUUGUCAUGACGUUGGGAACCCUGAUAGGUGACCUCGGCCCAGAGAUAUCGGAGUACAUUGCCUCAGCAUUUGCCAACCUCCCUCAGAAGGUCAUGUGGAGGCACAUUGGGAAAAGACCCAUCACUCUGGGAAACAACACCAUGCUGGUUGACUGGCUGCCUCAAAAUGAUCUACUAGGUCACCCUAAAACCAAGGUUUUUGUCACACAUGGGGGUACUAAUGGAAUUUACGAGGCUAUCUACCAUGGUGUCCCAGUUCUGGGCAUUCCUCUUAUCCUUGACCAGUAUGACAACAUGGUGCGUCUGAAGUCCCGAGGGGUGGCUGAGAUUGUUGACGUGACGACCUUUGAUGUUGAGUCUCUGACGAGUGCUCUCAAGAAUAUUCUAGAUCCAGAAAAGCCAUACAAGAAGAAUAUGGUCAAACUUUCACAGCUCCAUAAUGAUAAACCAAUAAAACCCAGAGACAGUGCCAUGUUCUGGAUGGAGUUCGUCAUGAGGCACAAAGGUGCAGCACAUCUGCGCACGGAGUCCUAUAAAUUGCCAUGGUAUGCCUAUCAUAGUCUAGAUGUGAUUGCAGUUUUUGUAGCAUCUAGUCUACUGAUCAUCACAUUAGUUUGGGUUUUCUGUCGAUGUCUCAUUAGAUGUUUAAUACGUGUCAAGAGGUCCACAUCCAAGUCCAAAAAUGAAUAGAUAACUCAAUGAUAAAACAGACUGGUAAUUUACAGUGGUACAGACUCUUUGGGAUAACUGCAGGGAAAGAGAUACAGGACUUCAAUGAAUAUUAUGAUGGUGGAAAUUAACUUUUAUAAUAGCUGUAAAAUGUUCAAACUAGCAGCACUAUUCUUUGUGCUGAACUGACUUUUUGCAAACUGAACAUCCAAUUUAAUUUCAAUACUUAUUUGAAUACAAAGUCACAAAAUGGGUUUGGACACUUUAUUUUUUUUUUUUUGAUUAGACAAACAUCAGGAGCAAUCACAGAAUGAAUACAUAAAGACUAUGAUGGGAGUAUGGUUCAUAAUUCUUACAGGGGGAUUAAUUUGUUUUCAUCAUAUUACUAUUAAACAUGUUUUACUUGUGUUAAACCUGCCUUGCAGUUUAUUACAAGAUUAAAGAAUAAUUGCAGCUUA